GCGGAGUGUUAUCAUUUACAGCCAAGAGUUUGUCGCUUAUAAACAUUGUGCACUUUAUCAGUGGAUUCAGCAGUUAAGUCAGAUCCAGAAGCUUAGAGUGCAGCGACGGAACCAGCCAAGGAGCCAAGGAUUAACUGCAGCCAGCGUAUACCCUUUCACCAACCCUCGCAUGUGUCUGUAUUUGGGAGUCGUGGAGCACCUGGUGGAUGUGGUGGCCUACUGCAUGUGCCGCGUCCUGGAGCUGUCCCUCUUCACCUGCAUGAUGGUCUGCGGAUCCCUCAAGUCCAAGCUGACCCACGGACCGUCCAACGAGCUGGAGCAAUGACCAGGCUACUAUUACGAGAGUUGCUAAAGGAUGCGACGGCCAAAAAGGAUGCAGGAGUGUGCGUACGUGGGUGCUGGUGUUUGUAUUGGUGUUUGUGUUCGACUAAAAUUUAAUAUAAGCAAA